AAGCACGAUAGUAGCCGAUGCAGAAGAAGCAGUAUAGAGCAGCAUGAUGGGCGCGCUGCCGCCAUGUCACCUAGAGAGAGAAAUUUAGCUAUUCUUUGUGCUUUAGCUUUAGUUAGUCUAAUCCUUUAUUUCGCUCCCUCGUUCCAAUACGUUGUUAUCACUUUAGCGCUUUGUGGCGUGGUGUGGCUCCUUUUUUGCGGAACGCGGCUUCCCGCCAGAUUAGGCCUGAAUCCCUGGACUGGACUGAUCGCUCCAGUCGGCUACCUCCUUCGCUUUUGGGACUGGUGGGUGAGCGACGUGUCGGUGGUGUCACGGAGGAGGACCAAGCUCGGCGGUGAGAGGCGUGAGCAACGCAGCGAGUCACAGCGGCCUUUCAGACAGACAAGACCGGGCUUUAAUGCCGUUUAUCGCGGGCAACACUUGGCGAGCGAGUCGUUUCUUUUCAGCCCCCGGGACUUUCUCAUGGGGAGCUACAUUGGCAAACCCGAAAGUCCGACCGGCGACUUCGGGAGGCCCAGAGUUGUUGGGAACCCCCGAGAGCAACUUCGGGAGAAUUUGUCCAGACCCAACCAUGCUGUCUGCACCCCGAACAGGAGGCUGUCAUUUGCUGGGGAGCCGCCGGGCUCAGCAGGACGCUUCAACAUCACCCCCCAACGUCACUACCCUCUUCAGCAGCCGGGUGUCUCCUCAGUGGGGAUUAUGUCUCCUGUCAGGUGGGAUGGCUUCAGGAAGAAGAGCGUUCUCACACCAAGAAAUUCCCUGGCUGCCCACAGUCCCGUCACGAUGAAGAUAGCCCGGCCGGACCACAGUAGCCCCAGUUUGGACCACCUGAGUUGUGCUGGAGCCCCCAGGGACCUGGUCGACCCCUGCUCCAGAGAAAGUGUCCUCAAAGUGUUGAAGGAGAGCCGCAAGCGAGAGGUUGAAGAUGAGGACAGGAGCUUCACCACUGAGCAGAAGACCAAGAGAAGGCGUAAUGACAGUGGAGGAAGUGCACACUCGGCUUUUGAGCCUCUUUUGCCCAACGGAGCGCCAUCACAACUGGUCCCUAAACCAGGAAGCCUAAAAAGAGGCAUGACCUCAGUGACGGAAGAGUCCAUAAUGAAGAGGUCUCGCACCUCCUCCAUCAGCUCUGCCAGUGGAGUCCACGCCCCCAGAGGGACCCCUGGCUCCAAGAGAAACCCCAUUUACAGCUCCUACAGCUCUUCACUGGGGGGUCUUGUGCAGUUUAAGAAACCAUCGGCGCCGAGCUCUCCAAUGUCCAGCCCAGGUUCUUCUCGCUCUCAGACACCAGAAACAGCCUCCAAGAGACCCAGAGAGGAUGAUUGUCUUUCUCCCAGCUCAGCGUCCUCUGUGAGGUCAGAUAAGACAGCCUCAGAAAAAGCCCCUGAGACUUCCAAACAGACUCCAGCCCCCAAAGUCCCAGUUACGACUUCAACAGACUCCACUGGGAGUGGUGGGAAGAGAAAACGAAAGAUUCAGCUCGUAUCCGCCAACCGGGACGACCACAUCUCGCUGCCUCCGCCACCAGAGCUGGGCUACACCGUAACUGUGAAGGAUCUGGAUGAUGAGAAGAAGGCCGCCAUCAGCAAGAUCCAGAAGGUUCUGGAGACACCCGCUCCCGAACUCGAAGAGUCCACCUCUUCUCUGACCUCCACCACCGUUUCCGCCAUGCCUGCUUCGUCUACCACCUCUGUUCCCAGCACCGCCACCCUCACCCUGAGUAGCCUUUUAGCUGCCCCUCUGCCCAAAACCUCGAGCUCGGCCACACCUGUCAUCAACCUUGAUCCCAGCCCAUCACCAUCGGCUUCCAAUCCCCUGCUGGAGGCUCUGAAGAUGAAGAGUCCCGUAAACUCUGCUGCUAGCACGGCCACAGAGUCUGCAUUGACUGCACUUGUACCACCCAGUGUCUCAAACCCGAAGGUAUCCACUGUCCCAGACCCUCCAAAACCCCCACCUGCCUCACAGUCCCAGCCCGCUUCCAUUAGUGUGGGCCAGCCCUCUGCCUUCACUCAGGUUCUGGGCCUGGUUUCCAAGCCUGCAAGCAGCAGCAGCACUCCGUCGUUGACCGGAGUCAGCCCAUUUGGACUGUCGAGCCUGUUCAGCAGCAGCACUGUUGUGUCCUCUGCCGCUAACCCAGCCCCUUCCACCACUGCUGCCACGAGUAGUUCGGAGUCACUCAGUCACUCCAGCCCUCUGCUCGCCUCGGGGUUCAAACCCAUCUUUGCUGCCACCACUGCUCCCUCCACCACAUCAACUAUGUCAGCCCCAGAGAGCAAACCCCUUGUACAAAACUUCAAGCCAAUUUUUGGCAGCAGCACCACUGCAGGGCCUGGCUUUGCCCCGCCUCCAUACACAGCUUCCAUUACAACAUCUGCCACGGGUUCUUUGAGCUCUUCAAUAUUUGGUGCCUCAGAAAGCAGCACCACUCUUACACCAUCACUUUUCACCGGUUUGACCUCCACCGGCUCCACCACCACCACCACCAACACAAAUCCUGCAGCCCAGCCUGCUAUAAAAUCCGUGUUUGGACCCUGGUCAACUCCAGCUUCAACUAGCACAAGUACCACCUCAGCGCCAGCUCCUGCUACCGGGAGCACCUUUAAUUUUGGAGCUGUCGCCACCACCACCGCUGCUGCUGCUGCCCCCACUACAACCGCUGCUAACUCCUUUGCAUUUGGCAUCACACAGCCCCAAGCCACCAGCCAGAAGGUCUUUGCUUUUGGUCAGACAGCAGUCAGUCAGAAUACGACACAACCAACUUUCGGAGGCUUCUCCAUGGCAAACGGCACUCCCGUUGCUGCCACCUCCACUGCUAAAGCUGACGUCACCACUUUGGCACAGUCUGCGUUUACCUUUGGAAAGUCGUCAUUUGAAGCGCCAACCUCGCAGACGACCUUCAGCUCCACAGCAUCUGUUUCCACCGCAUCAAAGCCCUUUACUUUUGGCGGUAGCGCAGCACCACCCGCACCGGCUUCCAAUCCUGCCCCACCAGCUUUCCCGUUCGGGGGUGCUGUUGCCACCGCACCAUCCAGCUUUGUGACGCCAACUAAACCAGCGUUUGGCGGCAGCUCCACUACCUUUGCUUUCGGAGGCACCACCAUGCCAUCGGUGGCGCCAAGCUUCGGACAAGCUGCCCAGACUCAGAGCGCGCAACCCAGCACACCCUUCACGUUUGGUGGCGCCACUCCUCAGCACACCCCCUUGGGCCCCACGCAGCCUGCAUCCGGCGGAUUUAACUUUGGCGCCGCGUUAUCGCAGCCCCAGUUUGGAACACCACUCGCCAAUAAUCCGGCGCCACAGAUGGGAGGCUUCAACUUUGGGGCUGCUGCUGACAAACCAGCUUUUGGAACGUCUACCCCAUCUUUUGGCCAGAGUACUUCUGCAGCUCCUGGUCCGAUUCCCUUUGGAAAUCCUGGAACGCCACUACAGGGCUUCAAUGCUGUUCCUUUUGGUUCUCCGGCGACUCCUUCUUUUUCCAUCGGGGCUGGAUCCAAGCCAAGCGGGGCUCGGCAAAGACUGCAAGCACGGAGGCAACACAACAGAAAGAACAUGAAGUAAUCUUGUAAUGAUUGAACUUUAAUAGGACUUUCAGUCGCUGCUGUGGCUUAUCGAUGCUUUGUUCCAAGCCACUCUGCCACUCAGACCGCGCCAUUUUCUUUGAUGUGGUCCCGGCCAAAAACACUUUGUCGCUUGGACGACUACACGACGCCAGAGGAGGAGACACCUUGAGAAGAUUCUGAGCAAAGUCAUAUCCAGAGUUGUCUUAAGGAGAACAGAGAAAACGGCGCAUCAGCGCAGUUUAUUUUUUUAUGCAGACUGAUUUGUACUUUAAUGAAUGUUUGCGACCUUCUCCCCACGAAGCUGGAAAGGAGGGAGAAAAACAAACCGCGUAACUGUCGACUUGUGACGCAUUUUGCAUUUUUUUAUUAUUUUUUUAAUUGGCCGCCUGCCCAUGUAAAUGACUGCCACGCAUCUGCACAUAAAGGAUGAUUGAGUAGAUGGCUUUGAUUUCUAGCCACAGUUAUUUGUGAUGUUUCUUAACUGCAAACAUUCCCAAAGUCCUCCCAUGGACGGCCUUUUUUGUUGGGAUUUUUUUUGAAGCACUGACAUUAGCAGGUCAGUGAAUGAUUUUGACUUGUACUGACAAACCAAAGCCAAUUGGGACAAGAACCUUUUAAUUUCAUUUUUUUUUUAGUUGCAGAGAUCUUUCUUUGUGCCAGACUACCUCUUUUGAAUCCCAGGCACUGAAUCCUGGAAUUGUUCAAUUCAUGUCAACAUCUACUGUUUUGUCAAUGAAUCAGAAUAAUUAAGUCCGUUUACAGGACAGAAAUUUCAUCUUGUGCAGCAUCUGUUUUUUAACAUCACGUUAGCUGUCAAAAGUUGUUUGUGAAAAUGUGCGCAACAUAAGUGAACAUAAUCUGAUGCAGCGCCGGUGGUUUAUGUUGAUCUAAUAAAAGGGAAUGAUGGAUGUUCCAAAACACA